AUGGUUUCAGCAGGCUCAACAGGUCACUCCUCCUGGUUGGAGCGAAACCCGACUCUCUCCCAGAAGGUGGGGAGGCCAGAGUGGGGCGGGACCCUCAGGAGGCUGCUACCUGGGAGACCUCCCCCUCUCCUUUGGCUUUCCUUCCUUCUCCUCAGCCUCUCUCCUGAUAAGGAAGCGCCUUCGCCCUCUUGGAGGAGAAAGCAGGAGUUUGGGCUCCUCCUUUGGCCCUGCCUUUCCCACCUGGCGCCAUGGCUGGGAGCUCCUGAGACCCGAGACUCUUCUUCAUUCGCAGUUUCAGCAAGAGAGAAGAUGUCUUAUUCAGAGCGGACUCAUCCAAAUAAAGAUUACAGAUACAAGGAGAGCCCUGGGACGAACAGAUACAUCAAUGAGAGAAGUCGAAAACCAUAUGCAGCAAAUGACAGGUCUUCAACACCUGAACCUUCAAGAUCUUCCAGUGUUUUCACAGAGCCUUACCAGCGCUACCCAGCAGCAACUCACGGAGAUGCCCGUUACCCUCCCCAGCCUUACCCCAAGGAGACCUUUUCUGAGAAAUGCUCAAACCUGUGCUCCAGAAGAGGUAUCUUACAGUUUGUGGAAGUGAUCCUCAACAUUUUAGUGCUGGUCUGCAUAGGAGCAGCCCAAGCAAGUCUUUCAGGUUUCUCCGCAAUGGCUGGUUUGGGCUCUUUCAGCCUUGACUCACUCUAUAGUCCAUUCGAAGGAACCGAACUCCAAGAAGUAAGGGACCUGGAUAUGCAGUACAGCCAGAUGAGAGCUCCUUGCGUGUAUGGAGGGGUGGCCUUUAGCCUAUCCAUGAUGUGCCUCACCCUUCUCUUCCUCAUCGGUGGAGGGAAACCUAUCUACCGCCUCUCAGUCCUACUGCUGGGCGCAGAGUUCGUCUUUGACAUCCUUGCCUGCCUCGGGUACAUUGCUGCUGUUGGACUCUACCUUCACUUAGUCAUACAAGUCAACGCGACGGAUGUAUGCCGACGGAGGGAGAUACUGUAUGGGAGAAGGGGCUAUACCUCCAUGAACUGCAGUGUGCAGGGUGGAGACGCCUCUGUGGCUCUCUUUGGCCUCUUGGCUGCUUGCUUGUAUUUUGCAAGCACCGUGGUCUGUGCUCUCACCAUUCGGAGUGUGCGGGAGUUGAAGAGGCAGGAGGCCAAGAUGCAGUACGAACUUGAAAGAACCUACAGGGAAGGUGAGCAUCCCAAGGCCUAUAAAAGUCCAGGAAGUAGUCGUUCCGUGGGGACCUUUGCUACCCUUGUGUAGCCUGUUCUGAUACUCAGGGGAACACAGCUAAGGAGUAUGUUGGAUGAUUCCAUUUCUAUUUUAAAGCAAACCACCUUAGCCAGGCUGGAGAUGUAAAAAUAUUUCUUAAAAUGAAAGUAAUUGAGAAAAAAUAACACAUUUCCUUGUUCUGUGUAAAAAUAUAUGUAUAGAUUUUAAUUGACUUGACUGUUCAGAAUGAAGGUUUGUAAUGCCUGUUAUAGAAUCAUAGAGUUGGAAGAGACCUCAUUGGCCAUCCAGUCCAACCCCCUGCCAAGAAGCAGGAAAAUCACAUUCAAAGCACCCCUGACAGAUGGCCAUCCAGCUUCUGUUUAAAAGCUUCCAAAGAAGGAGCCUCCACCACACUCCGGGGCAGAGAGUUCCACUGCUGAACAGCUCUCACAGUCAUGAAGUUCUUCCUAAUGUUCAGGUGGAAUCUCCUUUCUUGUAGUUUGAAGCCAUUGUUCCACAUCCGUCUCCAGGUCACCAGAAAACAAGCUUGUUCCCUCCUCCCUAUAACUUCUUCUCACAUAUUUAUACAUGGCUAGAGAUGGCCCUCAAAAAUGUUGUCAGAGCCCUCCUGCUAUCCACCGGCUAUAUGGACUGACUUAUGGGUGUGGGGAUCUUACUACUCUGCUCAUUGAAUGAUACUAACUGCUGGUCUACUGAAACAAGAUGCAGCAUGAGACCUAUGGAACAAAAGGAAGGGAACAAGGGCUUCUAAGAGGAUCAAUUCACAUAAUGCAUGGUGAGGUUCUUGAGCAGGUAUGGGCAAACUUUGACCCUCCAGGUGGUUGGACUUCCAACUCCCAGAAAUCACAGCCAGCUUAGUGGCUGUUAGGGAUUGUGGAAGUUGAAGUUCAAGCACCUGAAAGGUCGAAGUUUGUCCAUGCCUGUUCUAGAGUCCCAAUAAAAAUACGAAAUAGGAGAGGAAAUUAUAUUGCUUUAACCAUGGUGUGACCCCUUCCAUAAAGCUAUUUUGGUAGAGCUAAACAGUAGCACCCCACCCCACUUUUAAGAGGGUUCAAAAACAUGCAAAGGUUGGCAGAAGCUGGACCUA